UGUACAACUCUUGAGACGGAUGCAUCGAGGUGCCGGCCUGUGAGAACGCUCGUCAUAGCGUUGCGCCAUAAUUUUGUGAUGGGUCUUUCGUUUUAAAAAUAGGAGUUUUUCGGGUCUAGUUUACCGGUCCGUCAAUAAAUGCGUAUGAAAAGUGAAAUAGUUGAUGUGAUGGAUGUGCCCGGUAUCGAUCAAUGAAACAUCGGCUCGACGCAGGAUUUCAAUAGAACGAAAAACAUAGUAAGUAGUAGAGGGAUAGGUACUUAUUCCCGGCCAGCGGUAUCAUUGCUGCUCCCCGCCUAAUGCGGAUCAUUGUGCAAUGCUUAUGUGAAAUCUCAAUCCAAAAAAUAUUCGUUUCGUUGGAAAAACCAACGCCGACGUCAAGAUCAGUCUCCUUUCCUUUCAAAAGUGAGCGAGCAGAGCUGAAAAAGAUGGAGUUACCUGGAGAUGAACAAAUUCGAUUUCAUAACACAAACAGCACAAAGCGUCUCUCACGUCCAUUCUUUUAUUUUUAAUUUUCCCAACCUGCGUUGGAUCCGCAACUUGUGAACCGGUUUUUGGAAGGGGUGGAGGCACCUACCUUGAAAGACAUGAACCUCCUUUUAAAAAUGUAUGGAAUUGCGCCCGGAAAUACAGAGGCUUUGCUUUUUGAAAUCACAAAAAUGGUAGAAUCAUACAUGCAGCAGGCAGAAUUGGCUUUGCCACCUGCAUACGAUGUUACCUGGUUUUGUAACCAGUUUCUGGGCGUGGAUUCUUUCCCGUCUCUAAGGGAUACUUUCGCGGAUUUACAUUUCAAGGGGCGCCAAAGCUUCACUUGGAACGCGGGCUUUGUUAAUUUUUAUAACGAAAUAUGGAGGGCCGAAGACUCCCCGCCGGGUAGCGUUGUAAGUGCUUCGAAUCAGCUUUUUUUGGAAACCCCAUUGGAUCAAUUUGUCAUUUACCCAAUAAUUGAUCUUCAUGUGGGCAACUUUUAUUUUACAUUUACAAUUUCAGUCUUGUAUAUGCUGCUCACUGUCGUUUUGGUCGUUUUUCUUUUUUUUGUUGUUACGAAAAAGGGAGGUGGAAAGUCAGUGCCAAAUGCAUGGCAAUCCUUGGUCGAGCUUAUUUAUGAUUUCGUGCUGAACCUGGUAAACGAACAAAUAGGUGGUCUUUCCGGAAAUGUGAAACAAAAGUUUUUCCCUCGCAUCUCGGUCACUUUUACUUUUUCGUUAUUUCGUAAUCCCCAGGGUAUGAUACCCUUUAGCUUCACAGUGACAAGUCAUUUUCUCAUUACUUUGGCUCUUUCAUUUUCCAUUUUUAUAGGCAUUACGAUCGUUGGAUUUCAAAGACAUGGGCUUCAUUUUUUUAGCUUCUUAUUACCUGCGGGAGUCCCACUGCCGUUAGCACCUUUCUUAGUACUCCUUGAGCUAAUCUCUUAUUGUUUUCGUGCAUUAAGCUUAGGAAUACGUUUAUUUGCUAAUAUGAUGGCCGGUCAUAGUUUAGUAAAGAUUUUAAGUGGGUUUGCUUGGACUAUGCUAUUUCUGAAUAAUAUUUUCUAUUUCAUAGGAGAUCUUGGUCCCUUAUUUAUAGUUCUAGCAUUAACCGGUCUGGAAUUAGGUGUAGCUAUAUCACAAGCUCAUGUUUCUACGAUCUCAAUUUGUAUUUACUUGAAUGAUGCUACAAAUCUCCAUCAAAAUGAGUCAUUUCAUAAUUGAAUAAAAACGAGGAGCCGAAGAUUCUAGGGGGCUACAGCUGCGCUUUUGCAGCACUGAACAUGGUUCCGGGUACUCAAGAUAUUGCGUUUGUGUUUGGAGAGGUGUAGAUUGUAGAUUCCAGCCGAGAAGACCAGGAAAAGAUAAGGAUAAAGAAUGUCAUAUAUCUCAGGAGCUAGAUCACUUCCCGAUGAACAAGUCAGAAUUGCCUCAACAAAAAUGGAUGGAAUUGGACCGAAAAAAGCCAUUCAGCUUCGUUAUCGAUUAGGUAUCAGUGGGAACAUCAAGAUGAAUGAGUUAACUA